AUGGCCAUACCGUCGCAUCGAGCGGCGGCGGCGAGGAGGAGACGUCGUCGUCGUCGUCAGGACAAGCCUCCCGUGCCUGUACGGCUGGUCCUCGAUGACCAGAUAAGGGGGGACGUGGGCGUCGUAUCGGAGGAUCUGUUCCAGGAACUCUUUCCUCACCACGAACCGGCAGAAGGAGGAGACAUUGUAUACGUGGCGAUCGCACCGUGGACGCCGAACGCGACGCCGUCGGACUCGCCCUGGUCCAUUGUGCCCGUCAGCCGAUCGACGACGGGCGGGUCGUGCAAGAUGUACUUCUCGCCGUCGUCGGCGAGCCUGCAGCGGUUCGCGGUGGCGCUGCAACGCCUCGCGCCGUCCAAGCUUGCCGGCCACCGGGGCGGGAUCGACAUCCUCGCCCUCGACGCGGCGCCGCUGGCCCUGGACACCGUCUACGUCAGCCUGGACGGGGAGCUGGCCGAGCGUCUGGCCGCAGGCGAGGGCACCUUCUUCAGGGAGCACCCGACCGUGACGGCCAGGGCCAACGGCGCCGCCGCCGCGCCCGACGAGAAGCUCGCGGCCGCGUUGAGGUACGCCCUGGGGAGCCUCGACGUGGUCCACGCCGAGGACCUCUUCCCACUGCCGCUGCCGCCUCACCCCGUCACCCACAUGCCUACCGCCCCCGGCAGGAUCGCCUUGUGCGAGCCCGUGGCGCAGGGCGUGCUCGUGGACGCGACCAAGAUCAUCGUCAUGCGCGGGCGGGGACGCGGCGGCGUGAGCGCCGGCGCCGGGAGGCAACGCUCGAGACUGGCGGCGGCAGUGACGCCGUCCAUGGCCGACGGCGGCAGCCAGAACGGCUCCCGCGACGACGACGAGACCACAGACCAGUUCUUCUCCGCCGCCGAGGAUCGCAACCGGUCCGAAGCACCCAGCGCAUCCGAGGUCGACACGGCGACCGAGACCGAGACGGACAUGUCCGAGCUGGACGGGCACAACGACGACAACGACGACGACGACGACAGCGAAAUCUCCGACGACGACUCGCUCGACGGCAUCAUCUCCCUGCAGGUCCCCACGCUGCCGGCGUCGGCGGCCAGCGGCGUGUCGACGAUGCAACCCGGCUCGCCCAUGACGGUGGGCACCAUCCGCGGCCGCAGGACCAACGGCCUGGCCACGCCCAGCUCCGUCUUCUCCAACAUGACGUCCGCCACCGCCAGGCCCGACAAGCCUCGCGGCAGGCUGUUCCGCGCCCAGGGCCUCACGGCCCCCAUGCCAACCGACCUGCUGCACCCGCGUCCGGCGCCUGAUGAUGACGACGAGGCUCGCGUCUACGUGCACGUCUCGUCGCUGCCCAAGAUCGGCUGCUUCUCGGGCGACUGGGUGCGCAUCGAGUCGGCCCCCGAGCCGCCCUCCAACGGCUUCGGCGCCUUCGGCCUAGGGAGCUUCACCCGCCUCGACGAUGCCGCUGGCGCCGGCGCCGACUCAGCCAGCUGGAGGCCCGUACGCGUCUAUGGCCUGCCCGAGGGGUACGCGCCCCGACCGAUGACCAGGAUCCCCAGCGCCCGCCCGGGAGAGCGCAAGCUGUCCUUCUUCGAGUCCCAGGUCGUCCGCCCCGCCAGCCCAACGGCCUACGCAUCGCCCAUCAUCCUCGCCAACCUCGGGGGAGCGGCCUACCUGCGCAUAUCACCACUCAAGAAGACCGCGUAUCAGGGCAGGGGCACCCUGCCCCGCUUCACCGGCGCCUCCCGCCCCCCCCACGCGAGAGACAUCACCAUCUACCACGUGCGCACGCCCAUCUCGGCCGAGCGCGCAUACCAGACGGCCGUGCUGGGCGGGCUCAAGCGUUUCUUCGCGUCCAAGACACGCCUCGUACGGUCCGGGGACCUGAUUGCCGUGCCCGUUGACGCUCAGCUGGGCCGCGCGCUGCAGGAGACGGCGGCAUCUGGCUCCGGCGCCGGAUCCGAGGUGGACGAUAUCGUGGCCCUGAGUGGUGCCGGUCAGACCAGCAGCGGCAGCAGCCAGAUCGACAGCGUAGCGUGGUUCAAGGUCGGCCACAUCCAGAUCCAGAAGUCGGACGAGGACGAGGACAGCACGGCCGAGAGCUUCUGGGGGUCGGUGGCGUGCAUCGACAGCUCGUCGGUGGGCAUGCACGGCUCCGGUUUCCAGACGAGCCGCAUCCCGGGGACGAGCAACAGCUCCUGGCCGUACUACCUGGGGCUCAGGAAGCCGCCGUCGUCGCGAGGGGAUUCGUCGUCGUCGUCGGCCGACGGGGCGGCACCACCCCCGGUGCUGCCGCCGCCCGAGCACGAGCAGAAGCAGGUCAGCUACGUGUCGCCGCUGCGGCGGCAGCUCCGGCAGCUCCUCUCGGCGGCGACGAGCAAGCGGGCCAUCGCGCUGGGCAUGCCCCCGGUGGCGAUCCUGCUGACAUCGUCACACCGCAACAUCGGCAAGGCCACGCUGGCGACGACGGCGUGCGCCGACAUCGGGCUGCACACCUUCACCGUCGACGCCUACGACAUCCUGAGCGAGGGCGCGGGCGGCGGCGGCGGCGGCGACGUCAAGACGGAGGGCUUCCUGCGGACGCGCGCCGAGAGGGCGGCCAGCUGCGGCGCCGACUGCUGCGCCCUGCUCGUCCGGCACGUCGAGGCGCUGACGGCGGAUCGCAUCGAGUCGACCUUUAGGGAGAUACUGACCGAGGUGCGCGUCCUGGUGGCCACGGCCAACGAGGUGGACAAGGUGCCGGACGGGGUCCGGGCACUGUUCACGCACGAGCUCGAGAUGGGCGCGCCGGACGAGUCAGAGCGCGAGUCGAUUCUGCGGGGCAUCCUGGACGACCGGGGCCUGCGGCUGGAGCCAACGGUCGACUUCAACGCCAUAGCGCUCAAGACGGCGGCCCUCGUGGCGGGCGACCUGGUUGACGUCGUGGACCGGGCUUCGUCGGCGCGGCAGUCGCGCCUCGAGGCCCUGGCGGCGUCGGCACCGGGCGUCACGGUGCGCGACGUGCAGGUGGCGGGCGGCCCCGCGGCGCGCUGCCUGACCCGAGGCGACCUGGACGGGGCGGUGGAGGCGGCCCGCAAGAACUUCUCCGACGCCAUCGGCGCGCCCAAGAUCCCCAACGUGUCGUGGGACGACGUGGGCGGCCUGUCCAACGUCAAGGACGCCAUCUCGGAGACGAUCCAGCUGCCGCUCGAGCGUCCCGAGCUGUUCGCGCGCGGCAUGAAGAAGCGCUCGGGCAUCCUGUUUUACGGCCCACCCGGCACGGGCAAGACGCUCCUCGCCAAGGCCAUCGCCACCGAGUACAGCCUCAACUUCUUCAGCGUCAAGGGCCCCGAGCUGCUGAACAUGUACAUUGGCGAGUCAGAGGCCAACGUGCGACGCGUCUUCCAGCGCGCCCGCGACGCCCGCCCUUGCGUCGUCUUCUUCGACGAGCUCGACUCCGUGGCCCCCAAGCGCGGUAACCAGGGCGACAGCGGCGGUGUCAUGGACCGCAUCGUCUCUCAGCUCCUCGCCGAGCUGGACGGUAUGUCGUCCGGCGGCAGCGGCGGCGGCGGCGGCGGCGGCGACGGAGAAGACGGCGAUCGUGCCAACGACUCGGGAGGCGUCUUCGUCGUCGGCGCGACCAACAGACCUGACCUGCUCGAUCCCGCUCUGCUCCGUCCCGGCCGCUUCGACAAGAUGCUCUAUCUCGGUGUGUCGGAUACCCAUCAAAAACAGCAGACUAUUCUCGAGGCACUCACCCGCAAAUUCAACCUCGACCCAUCCCUGUCUCUAGCAUCCGUCGCAUCCCGUCUGCCCUUGACGUACACAGGAGCAGACUUCUACGCUCUGUGCAGCGACGCCAUGCUAAAGGCCGUGACGCGCCAGGCCACAGCCGUAGAUAUCAAGAUCCGUUCCCUGUCCUCCUCCCCCUCCUCCGAAUCGGCCUCGGGCCAGGGUCGAGGCACCACCAUGUCUACUGCCUACUUCUUCGAUCACCACGCCACGCCUGCCGAUCUGGCCGUCGUGGUGACCGAGGACGACUUCGCCGCCGCCCAGGCCGAACUGGUCCCCAGCGUCAGCCAAGGCGAGCUGGAGCACUACGAGAAGGUCAGGGCGGCCUUUGAGCACUCCUCGCCUGACGAGAAGAAGGCGGGGGAGGGUUUGGACAAGGCCAAGGGUAAGGGCAAGGCCGUGGCGGAUCCUGCUGCUAUCGAUGCUGGCAGUAUGAGUGCCGGGUCUGCUUCUACCGUCAGGCGGAAAAGGGAUAAGGGGAAGGGUAAGGCUGUCAUGGGGUUCCAGGAGGAGAAUGCGAGCGAUGAUGACGAGCUGUAUUGA